UCGAACAAUACAGAUGCUUUUAUUGACCAAAAGUGUUGAUGGUACAUAUGGUGUUUUAAUGUUUUUAUUCAUAUUGACCAAUGGUCCAAUGAAUGCAUAUUUAACAAUGAUUAUUUCAAUCAGAACAAUUUCAUUUGCUGAACGAUUAUUACAACAAGCAACUGCUAUUAAUCAAUGGUCAUAUAUAUUUGUAUUUCAUUAUAUUGCUAUUCGUUUUGGUCAUUAUUUACAUUUACCAUCUAAAUAUUUAAUUAAUCAUUAUUAUGAAUAUUCAUAUUUAAAUCGUAAAAUAAAUUUUCGUGAUCGUUUACAAUUUUCUGUUUGGUUGGAAAAAUUUCAUACAAAAAAACGUUAUGGUUUAACAUAUGGUCGUACUAAUCUGAUUACAAUGGCUACAUUUUUUCAAUUUAUUUUAUUCUAUGCCAAAUUUAUGAUGAUUUCAUACAAAUUAAUGGAUAAAUAAGUUUGGUUUAUUUAUAUUGGGUCAUUUGCACUUUAUCUAAAUUAAUGGAAAUGGAAUA